AUGGAUCCGGAGGAUACGGAACAGCUGGCGGCUGAGGUGCGUGGAAAGACUGUCAGCGGCUGGGACCUUUUGCAGAUUGCGACAGGCACUGGUUUGGCCGCCUACGUCGUGUGGGCGGGGAUCCUCAUGCCCGGGUUCCGCAGAGUGCCUUUAAAACUACAGGUGCCAUAUGUCCCAGCAAGUGCCAAACAACUGGAGAAUGUGAUGUUGCUCCUGGAAGGCCGCUCUGGAAAGCUGGUGGAUUUAGGGUCAGGAGAUGGCAGAAUUGUCCUGGAGGCCUACAGACAAGGCUUCAGGCCCAGCGUCGGUUACGAGCUCAAUCCGUGGCUGCUGCGGCUGUCCAGCUACCGUGCCUGGAAAGCUGGGUGCUACGGCAAGGUUUCUUAUCGCCGGGAGGAUCUGUGGAAGGUGGAUCUGUCAGACUGUGCUAACGUAACUGUGUUCCUGGCACCUAGCGUGCUGCAGCUUCUGGAAAGGAAACUGCUCACCGAACUUCCGGAGGAGGCCCGGGUGGUAGCCGGGCGCUACCCACUCCCCAACUGGACGCCCACAAGCACAGCUGGGGACGGGCCGAACCAAGCCUGGGCGUAUGAUCUCAAGGCCGUACGCCGAGCCCGGCAGGACAAGCCAGAAAGAAGCUCGGUUUGAGAGCGGAGACCAAAGCUGACGGCCGCCCCUUUACCCACUAAGGAAGGGACCUUCAAGAAGGAGUAACCGCGCCAGUCGGCGGGGAGCCAAAGCCAAAGAGUCUGACAAAACUUCGGCGCCUAACCCGGACCUUGUGGCCGAAGCGUCGGUGGGACAGAAGCCACCCUGUCAGAACAGCAUCCAACGAAACGGGCGCCGGCCUGCUUUGGCCAGCCGGAACCGCUUUGUCAUUCCGAGGGGCAAAAGCAGCCCUUCCCAAAGAGCCGCAGGCCGAGUCCUCCUCGGUGGCGGCGAUCGC